UCUCGAUUGGUUUUCAUGUGGACUCAUAUUGUCGUCUCUGACAACGCAGCAGCAGCAGCAGCAGAUCGGAGGACUCUCCUGGUGAAAGGCAUGGAUGAGAGGUUAUGUGUGCUCCCCAGCUAAAGGCCUCUGCUGCCCUUCCCUGUGCAUCCCACCAGUCCCUCUGUGAGCAUGUAUCGCAGGAACGGGCUCUCAGAUGGCACCAGCAUCAAUUCAGUCACCUCAGAGGCCAGCAGCAGCUCUGAGUCUCUGGAUGGACCUUGUGUGGACUAUGCCAAGAGUUACGAUGCAGUCGUCUUUGAUGUACUUAAGGUGACACCUGAGGAGUUCGCUAGCCAAAUCACCCUGAUGGAUGCACCAGUCUUUAAAGCGAUACAGCCAGAGGAGCUGGCCAGCUGUGGAUGGAAUGGGAAGGAGAAACACAGUUUGGCCCCCAAUGUGGUUGCAUUCACACGUAGAUUCAAUCAGGUGAGCUUUUGGCUGGUGAGAGAAAUCUUAACUGCCCAGACGCUGAAAAUCCGAGCAGAAAUACUGAGCCAUUUUGUCAAAAUUGCAAAGAAACUGUUGGAGCUGAACAACCUUCAUUCUCUGGUGUCAGUGGUGUCCGCUCUGCAAAGUGCUCCCAUCUUCAGACUUAGCAAAACCUGGGCAUUAGUCAGUCGAAAAGACAGGGCUACAUUUGAGAAGCUAAACUAUCUGACAUCCAAGGAAGAGAACUACACCCGCAUGAGAGAAUACAUCCGUUCCCUGAAGAUGGUGCCCUGUAUUCCUUACCUUGGGAUCUACUUGUUGGACAUGAUCUACAUCGACUCAGCCUAUCCUGCAUCUGACAGUAUCAUAGAAACGGAGCAGCGGACUAAUCAGAUGAAUAACCUUCUGAGAGUCAUCUCCGACCUGCAAAUGUCAUGUAACUAUGAUUACUUGGUGACUUUGCCACAUGUCCAGAAGUACUUGUUGUCAGUUCGCUACAUCGAGGAACUCCAGAAAUUUGUAGAGGACGACAACUUCAAGCUGUCUCUGAAGAUUGAACCCGGCAGCAGUUCCCCUCGCAUCGCUUCUUCUAAAGAAGACCUGGCAGGUCUGUCUGAAGUAUCUGUCUCUAUGAGGUAUAACCGACGGCCUACCUGCCCUGACGCCUCCGUAGGGGUUCAUAUUUCCACUCCCCCCCCUUCCCACCACAGGAAGAGCCAUAGUCUGGGAAACAAUAUGAUGUGUCAGUAUGGCAUGUCAGAGAGCAGGAGUGCGACUUUCCCCAUAGAGAAAGCACGACACCUGCUGGACGACAGCUUCUUAGAAUCUCAGAGUCCAGUCAGAAAUGACCCGCACAGUACAUCUGUGUCCAACGGCCUGUCAUUAGGCAGCAGUGAGAGCUCGUUUGGGGAGGAGCUGUCACCUGGAAUGGAGAGGGGCCGUAUGUACGCAACACUGGGCCCCAACUGGAGGGUCCCGCUUCGCAACUCUCCCAGGACCCGCAGCUACAUUUACAGCUCCACUGCUACCAACACUUGCUAUGGAUGCAGCGAUUCGAGCAAUGUAACCAUUGAAGGACCCCUGCGAAGGAAAACAAUGCUGAAGGAGGGACGAAAGCCCAAGUUGUCAUCAUGGACCAGAUUUUGGAUCACUUUGUCUGGGUCAACACUGACAUUCUAUGGGGCAAAAGCAUUGAGAGCCUCUGAGAGGAAACAUUACAAGUCAAGCCCCUGUAAGAAGGUAUGUGUGACUGGAUGGAUGGUGGUGUUGCCGGAUGACCCAGCCAGACCCAACAUCUUCCACCUCAAUGACCCAGACAAAGGCAAUGUUUACAAGUUCCAGACUGGAUCCAGGUUUUCAGCAAUCAUCUGGCACAAAAACCUGGAAGAGGCUUGUAGGAGCAGUAGACCUCAGAUACCAGCAAACCUCAUGUCAUUCGAAUGAGAGCAGACUUUACCCAGCAGGACAUUACUGUGCCAAACCCAUUUGUUUGGGAAGUAUUGACUCAAUGAUCAAACACAAAGGAAAUGGUGGUAUCUACUUAAAUGGGAGCAACAAGAAGCAUCUAACACUGCAGCAGAAGCUCUGUGCCACUGGACAUGUGGCUGUAACACCAACACACCUGCUGUGUUCUUUAC